GAGGGAGAUCUUUUUCUUCAGCAGUUAUUCCUCUCCUUCCUCGUGUUUUAGUUCUCCUCAGCUGAGCUGAAAGAAGUUCCACCAGAUCUUGCCAGCCAUGAUGGGCGUGUGUUUGUGGCUGCUCUUGCUCCUCCCUCUGGCGUGCUGUGUUCCGUCCCCCUCCAGAGCUCCUCCUAGAGUCUGCCGGCGGUGCUGCGAACACCUGGAAGCACCAGCGGCCACGGCCCAACACCAGAUACCCGAAGUCCGGACAGUCAUCAACAUGACCAUCCUCAAAGGUGAUAAAGGAGACAGAGGAGAUAAAGGUACCCCUGGCAAACCAGGUCUUGAGGGACCCCCUGGCCAUCGUGGACCUGUGGGACCUAAAGGCAGCAAAGGCCAGGCAGGUGCCCCAGGAGAUGCCUGCAAGAUCCAACACUCUUCCUUCUCAGUGGGGCGUCGUAAAUCACUGCAUAGCGUGGACUACUACCAGGCGCUGGUGUUUGACAUGGUGUUUGUCAACCUCCACGAGCACUUCAACAUGUUCAAAGGCAAAUUUUAUUGCUAUGUGCCAGGGAUCUACUUCUUUAACAUCAACAUCCAUACUUGGAACUUCAAGGAGACCUACCUCCACCUGAUGCACAACGACAAGGAGCAAGUGAUCCUGUAUGCUCAGCCCAGUGAGAGGUCCAUCAUGCAGAGCCAGAGCGUCAUGUUGGAUUUGGCCCUCAAUGAUGAGGUCUGGGUCCGACUCUACAAGAGGGAGAGGGAAAAUGCAAUUUACAGCGAUGAUGUGGAUGUCUAUAUCACUUUCAAUGGCUACUUAGUGGCACCUACCAUGCUGUGAAAACAGGACUGAUGGUAGGAAGAGCAGAAUCCCUUGCUUGGAUUAUUUGAUUGGUGGUGAGAAAUGGUGCUUAACUAUUCCUGUACAUCAGAACAUGAAAUUACUGUUUUAAAGAUGAGGACAACCCAGAAAUUAACAUAAAAUGGAAUGGCAAUCAAGAGAAAAAUGUAAUCUAUAACUAAUGAAACUCUGAAGAAUUGUUGAAAUUAACUUUGUUUUGUGCAGAGUUAAUCAUCUGUUUAGGUACUUCUGCAAAUAAGAAUUUCAGUUUGGCUUGCUCAUUUCAGGAACCAUUUCCAUCUAUUAGUAUCAUUUACGAGAACCAAUCAGUGCAAUUAGUUCUGUGAAAUGAUGGACGUGUUUUCAGACCGACAUCUGUUGGACCUUGGCAGUCAUUUUGUUUGCCUUUCAGAAGAACAUCUACCUUUGAAGAUUCAGGUCACCCAACUUUGAUAAAAGACCUCAUCAGUUACUGAGUAAAUGGAGAAAUUGCCAUGGAAAUAUAUUUAUUUUCCUGCCUCUUUCUCCUUGAUAUGGAAGAGAUGGAAGUCUGCCCAAAUCCAAAAUUUUGGAUAUCUAUCCAAAACAGACCCAUGGAAAUAUUUGCAAAUGCACAAAGACUCAUCUUCAAAGUGACCAGAGACAUUUUCCACGAGAGAACUUUGGGAACUAUGGGUCUACACGACAGCAUCUUGAAGUUCUUUGAUCUCUUUCUUUUUGCUGAGUUUUACAGCAACUUUCAAGUAAAGUCCAGGAACAUGUGCUGGUGUUACAUGUUGCUACAUCCCUUCUUUGAGUCACAAUUGCCAACUACCCACGCCGACCUACGAUCCAUCCCAAUCUCAAAAGUAGCCAUCUAUCUGCCAGAUUCAGAUGAUAUGCAGGAAUCCUUUAGGCCUUGCUGUCACACGUCUGUCCCGUCUACUGCACUUCUGUGUUUUCUUUAUAUCCCCUGUCUUCUUUGCAUUGUUUUGCUUCCUUCCUGUGUCUCAUCAUUGUAAUUAUAUCUCGGUCUAUUUAACCUCCUUUUCCUAGAUUGUCUUGUGUAUUAUGCCAGGUUUUCCUGCAUUCCUUGUGUUGUUGUACUCCCUGGUUACCAAACCCUGCUUUGCCUCCUGGAAGUUGUAGGCAUCAUCUGGGUCUCCUUACAUUAGAAGUACCACUUGCAUUGUGAGGGAACAUCAGUUACCACAUUGUGGCUAUGUAGUAGAUUUCUUUUUGUGUGAAUCAGAUUGUAGGUGCCUUGGUGUUGAGGACCUCAGUGGCUGGAGAAGGCCAAGGGGAUGCCCACACUUCACCUGGCAGUGGCAGAUGGCUACUUUUGAAAGGUGAAGAUAGACCAUUGCCUAGGUGGUUGACAUCCAGGAUGUAACACUGCAUCUUGGAUGCGGUGAUGCACAAUACCAGCACACAGUCCCAAACUUGAGUUGAUAUGGUGUCCUUAAGCACCACUUAUUAGAAACAGUCAUUCCAGUGGUACUCAAGGAAUCUUCUGAGAGACAGUAACUACAGCCAGUCAUCAUCUUAGGUCACCGGUACCUACAGUGUACACCCAGUUCUUUGGCUUUGUUGCAUCUAGUUUGCUGUGCACACCAUUCUCAUCUUCCUCCUCCUCUUCAAAUCUUCAACCUCUUUCUUAUUCUUGUCUCUCCUCGUACCUUCAGUUUAUCAAUCUUCUCCUUCCCUUUAUUCCUUUGAACUAGUCUUAACUGAAUCCAACUUGACCCUUGUUAAUUUCUCAAAAGGGCCAGACAAGUACCUGAUGGUAUUCUUUAAAGGGGUACGCUUCGCAUGUUACAAAAACUAACAAGCUCAUUUUCUGUUUUGUUUCUGGUAAAGGGUUUGACUUUUCUGACACUAAACCUUUGUAUUUAUCCAGGCUUGGAACUGGCAAUAAGUUGGGCUUGCUUGUGUACCCCAAUGGUGGUGCGAUUCUUUCCAGAAAUGGUGUCCCAGAUAAAUCACCCAUCAUCAAUUUCCACUUUGGGGCUCUUCCUUUGGGCAAAUGGCCCCAAGGAGUUGGGGCUUGCAACAAAACCUCCUUAACAUGUAAAUACCACUAACGGCAAGUGGGGAAAAUGGUAUUGUAUAAGAUUUUAGUGACCUAAUCAUUUAAACACAAAAGAUUUUACAUAUCAAAAUGAAAAACUAAGGUGCUGUACUAUAAAAGCAGGACUGUAUAAGAAAUUUGUAUUCAAGCUGCAGAGCAGUUUUUGUAAAUAGCUGUAAAGUAGUUUUUUUCUUUAUUACCUCUCCCGUCAGUGUUGGAUUGUGUAUAAUGGAACAAUUUUUUUUCUCCUUUCAAAAAGUCAAUUACUGUCUUUAUUUUUACCAUUGAGCAAGGGAUGCUUGAUAAUAAAAUAAAGGUUUUCCCAUGAAA